AUGGCUUCUAUCUUUUCAACAAAACAUUCUCAUGGCUAUGCCAUUCGAUCCAUAAGCUUGCCAACCAGAUCACAUCCAAACACACUUCGAAUUGAAGAAGAGCUCAACAAGCUCAAAUCAUGGGAGGUUUCGUCUUCAUCGGAAGUGGAGAGAAUUUUCUUUGGUCUCUCAGGCCUUGCAGAGUUGUACAAGUGCAUGGAAGAUCUUUUGAAAUUGCCACUCACCCAACAAGCACUGUCUCUUGAUCAAAACCAAAAAUGGGUGGAUGAGCUGCUAGAUUGUCCAGUGAGAUUCUUGGACAUAUUGGGAGAAACAAGGGAUGCCAUGAUGCUGAUGAAGGGAAAUGUUAGAGAUUUUCAAUCAGCACUCAGAAGGAGAAAAGUUGAAGACUUGGUGAUUCAAAACCAUGUGUAUUCAUAUUGGAGUCUGAGAAGAAACACAAGGAAACAAUGUACGAAAUAUCUUGUUUUGUUGAAGAACACUGCUGAAGGGUCGUCAUUUGGGGCAUCUCCUCCUUUGGAUCUGAAUCAGCAUCUUUCAGCAGUUGUGAGGGUUCUGAGAGAAGCUAGCUUGAUCACCAGCUGCAUAUUUCAGUCACUUAUGUCGUUUCUUUCUUCACCAAUCUUAAGGUCAAAGGUGACUAACAAGUGGAGAUUUGUGUCAAGAGUGAUGAUGAAAGGGAGACUUGUUCAAAAUGUGAAUGAAUUGGAAAAAGUGGACUUGGCACUUUGCAGAAUGUUGAUGGAUAAUCCAGCCAAAGAUUUUGAAGUUGAAAAUAUUCAAUUUGCACGUAAAGAGCUUGACGAUGUGCUCGUAGUCAUUGAAGGGCUUGAAAAUGGAUUGGAUUGCUUGUUUAAGCACCUUAUUAACACUCGAAACAGGAGCACUGAAGAAGAUGGGAUGUGUGACAGUUUUGGAACUAAAGCUACUGGUUACUCAACCACAUAUUCAGGAAAACUGAUGGAUUUAGCAACAAGUACACAACAAGUGCAAGAGUGCUUGCUGAGCAAAAUGUGGCAAGACUUCAAACUAUAUGCAUUUCAUCAUAUAGCUGCGAACAGUUUCUUCAACUACCAACUUGGACUGUGA